AUGAAACUUUCUAAGUGGCUUGAAAAAAAUCUUGAAAACAAUCUUAAAAACACCUUGGAAGAAACAAUCGAAAACUUACUUCAGUUAGACCCUCCUAUUAAUAAAAAGGCUCCUGCACACAAUCAAAAAAAGGCUUUAACUUCGUCGUUGAAAUCUCUAUUGAAAAACAAUGAGUCAAAAAAAGAAUAUGAACCGCUACGCAUAUUUUUCUCUAUUUCUGAGAGGAAACAAGAUAAUAAAAGGAAAUUGAAGAUUAUCGAAAAAGAAAACCGUGCUGUUUUCAAAAAAGCCCGAAUUUUUUCAAAAUUUGUCAACAUUUCUUACGGUACAGCCCUCACCUCUAUACAAAAUUCGUCAAUUAAUCGUGAAUUUGGAGUUGAACAAAAAAGAAAUUUGCAGGAUAAACAGGAAAAAGUGCGAGAAAUAAAACAUACAUUAUUUCAUGGAGAAUAUGCGCUUGAUCCAUCUGAAUUAUUUAAGUCUUUUAACAUUGAGGCACGCAACCAUAAUGCCCAUGCAAUCACACAGCCAAUGGGAAGGUGGAGCGACGAAGAAUUACAAAGAUUGUCUACACUUGCUUUAAAAGUCAUUGUGUGUCUAGGAGAUAAAGAAUCAUUUGAUCCAUUGGUAAAAAUUAAAUGCGAGUUGGAUAAUAAAUUAAUAGAGCGAUUAUCCUUAACAACAGACCACCAAAAAAGAUUUAAUAAAGUGGUUAAAAUCGCAAAUCAAGAGGAUGAAGAUGAAUAUCAUGCAGAUUUGGUAGAUUUCGCCUUGGAUAUCAUUAAUAAACUCAAAUCAUCAAAAGAAGAACAUGUAAAGCAGAUUUUACAGCUGGCUAUAAAUAAAGAUAGCACGUUUAUGAACAUCUAUAAGAGUUUGGUAAUCCGGAAGGAUAAAAGUGAUAAAAGUGUAAUUGUUGAGAAGUUCAUAGCUAUUAUGAAUAUCCAGUAUAAUAUGAAUCUAGAAGUCAAAAAAGUUUAG